AUGCUAAUUAAUUCGAGACGCAGUGUCAAAGCAUUUAAAAAUGGAAUCGAGGAAGUUUAUCGUUUUAUCAACACGAUUAAUUUAAGUCAGAGAUCACUAGGAAUUUAUUCAUACAUCCUUGGCACAGUCAGUGGCAUCUUGAUAACAAUCCUUGUAUUUAAAUAUUUACAAUAUGAAGAGCUACUGCAGCAAACGACGCGACCGAUCUUUGACAUUUCGCAUGAGCCAACAAUUGUUUCUUCAAUUGAUCUUUAUGAUGAAGUGAAGGUUCUCUGUUGGGUUUUAACUCAUCCGCCAAAUCAUAACACAAAAGCUUAUGCUGUGAGAGACACUUGGGGAAAGCGAUGUAACAAGAUUGUCUUUAUUUCAACGAUGGAUGAUGAUAAUCUCGAUGUCCUAUUAGUCAACGUCACUGAAGAUCGAAAUAAUUUGUGGGGAAAAACGAAGCAGGGAUUGCAGCAAGUCUAUGAAAAUUAUGGAAAUGAUUACGAUUGGUUUCUUAAAGCCGAUGAUGACACUUGGAUCUUUAUGGAAAACUUACGUUUUUUUCUGUACUCGUAUUCGCCUGAAAUGCCAAUUUAUUUUGGUUGUAAACUUAAACCAUACGUAGAUCAAGGCUACAUGAGUGGAUCGGGUUAUGUGUUAAGUCGCGAAGCUGUCAGACGAUUUAAUGAAGAUGCGUUACCUGACGAUUAUAAGUGCUGGAAUGGAACUGAGGGAAAUGAAGAUGUUGAGAUAGGGAAGUGUUUGGCAAAUGUGGGAGUAUUAGCAGGUGAUUCCAGAGAUGACCUUAAUAGGUCACGGUUUCUUCCAUUCCCUCCCGAAGGCUUGCUGAGAGAUUUAUACGGCGAGACUUGGUUGGACAACGCUACUUUCUAUGAAAUCAAGAAGGGAAUCGAAUGUUGUUCAUCGAAUGUCAUAUCAUUUCAUUACAUUACGCACAAUCAAAUGUACGUGUUUGAUUUUUUUCUAUACCAUGCGAAGUUGUCAACAAAUCAUGAUAAAUUACCAAGAAAGGUCAGCUUUGAAGAAGUUGAGAUGAACUUAAAUGCCGCAAGUGCUUCAAAUAGCGUUGCUAAUGAAUCGACAGUUUCGACUACUGAAUCAGUGAUUAUUUAAAUUUUAAGGAAGUUGCGAAGUGAUAAACAUUUUUAGAUAUAGAAUGAAACCAAAUUAUAAGAUGAGU